UAAUAUAUUUUUAUUCUUUUAAAAAGAAAUUUUCUUAGAAAAUUAGUAUAGAAAGUAAAGAUGUUUCCAUCGAAAGGUUAUUUUCGAAAUGCUGUUUGUCCAUUUUAUCAACAUGGAUUAUGUCAUCGACCAUAUUGUCACUUCAAGCAUGCUAAAGAAGAACAACAAAUAAAUGAAAAACAACGAGUGAACAAAGAACACAAAGUUAUCAAAGAAGAUUGUAGCCCUCAAUUCCAUAAAGAGGGCACUGAUGAUGUAAAUAAGCCUUUAACGUCUGUGUUAAAUGAACAUAAUUAUGAAGACGAUGAUAAUGAUGAAGUGAUGAAAAUAGUAAAGAAUAUAUCGCCAUCUAAAUUGUUUGCUUAUGCUCAGAGAAAGCAGGAGGAGCGCGAACUUCAGAAGACUUUAGCAGAAAUAGAUGAGGAAAAUAAAAUUAAAAAAAACAGUUUAACAGAAGCAUUCUAUAACAAAACUUUAAAUUAUGAUAAAAAAGUUAAUUGCUUAGAAGACAUUACACAGACACUGAUUCAAAUACCUACAAAAAAAGUUUGUGAAUGUGACGAUCCUGACUGUUCAGGAUUUGUGGAUGAUCAUUCAUCUGGAUUGAAAACAGAUUCCUCUUCUUUUCUUAAAAAUAUGGAUAACAAAAAUGAAAAUACUAUUAUAUCAAAAAGCAUUAAAAAACUAUCAGAUGUUUCAUUUUUUGCAACUGAAGAAAUCCAAGAUUUAAAAAAAAGAAAAAGGAAAUCAAAUGCUGAAAAAAGCGAAUCUUCUUCAUUCAAGAAAAAACUCUUAGAUGGAAAGUUUGAUUCUGAAAGUGAACAAAAAGAUGAUUUUAACUUGACUAGUAAUAUUCCUCAAAAUUUUGUUAAAAACAAACGAAUUGCUCAUUCAAAGACAGAGGUUUCAAAAUCUGGAGCUCUGAUAUCCACCAAUGUAACAAAGAUCUCUCCAUCUGCAGCUCUAAUAUCCACAACAAAGAUCUCUCCAUCAAUUACAACUUCUGCAAUAGAUGUUGAUAAAUAUACCGCAGAAACAGGGAUUUAUCUUGGUAAAAAGCGCCAAGCUCAUGUUUCAGUUGUUCCAGUGAUUAACUCAGAGUCAUUUACACGUCCAAAAUUAAAAGUAGAAUAUGGAAGCAAAAUAGCUCAUAAUCUUCGCCAACUUUACCUAAACAAAAUUAUAGAUGAGUUUAUUCCAAAAUGUCAAUCUGAAGCAGAUGCUUGUGAAAAGGGUUUUGCUGAGGAAGCAACUGCCUAUCAACGUAGCAAUCGAAAACAAACGUAUUUAAAUCUUUGUGCAAACAUUGUUAAAAAAAUUCGAUCAUUGCCUGCCUAUGUUCCACCGGAUACUGAAGAAAACCUAAAUACUUCUAAAACAGAAACUAAUCGCCUAAUGACCUCUUCAAUUACUGGUUAUCAAAAGUUAAACCAAAAAAUUUAUACUGCGUUACCGAAAAAAAUAAUUAAACCUGUUUCACCAGCACUGGUAAUUGCUGGAUCCACAGCUAAAGUUACAGACAUAAGUCAAAGAAGGUUAUCAUCAGAGCCAAUUGAGUUAAAUGAGGAUACAUUCUAUACAUAUUUACAAGAUUAUUUACUGAGCGAUGGCCAACUAUGGGAAAAUAAAUAUCCAUUGAUUGACCCAAAUAAUGAUAAAAUGGCAAUAAUAAAAGAUUAUUCUCCAUUACCACGAAACUCUUUAAAAAGGCAAUGUUGUCGAUGUGGAAAAGAUUAUUUUAUGAAUGCCAAAGGAAAAUAUAUCACAAAGGAAGAAUGUAACUUUCAUUGGGGUAAAUUGAGGAGAGUUAAAGAGAAAGGUCUAUUUAGUACCCAGUACUCAUGUUGUCAAUCCAGUGAAAGUGGAAAACCAUGUUCUUUUUCAAGACUUCAUGUUUGCGAUAAAAUGACUCCUCUCAAUGAGUUUGUUUCAACCCGAAAUUGCAUAAAUGUGGACGCAAAACAAAAGGUUUUAGCAUUGGAUUGUGAAAUGUGCUAUACAACUCAAGGUUUGGAGCUAACUCGGUUAACAAUAGUUGACUUUCAACUUCAACCAAUGAUUGACUUGUACGUUAAACCAACCAAUCCUAUUGUUGAUUAUAAUACAAGAUUUUCUGGAGUAACUAAAGAACAUCUACAAAAUAUAACUACAACUUUGGAAGACAUACAAGAUAUCUUACUAGAUAUUUUACAUAAAGAUACAAUUCUUUUAGGUCACAGUCUUGAAAGUGAUUUAUUUGCACUUAAGAUGAUACAUAAAAAAGUUGUUGAUACUUCUAUUGUUUUCCCUCAUCGUCUUGGACACCCUUUCAAGAGAGCUUUGCGAAACCUAAUGGCUGAUCAUCUUCAAAAAAUUAUUCAAAAUGGAGAAGCUGGUCAUGAUUCAAGUGAAGAUGCACGUGCAUGUAUGGAGCUGAUGAAGUAUAAAUUUAAAGAAGACAUGAAGAAAAAAAAUCGCUCAGCUAUUUCUUUACCAUCAUUUUAUUCAUCAAAAAGCAUAUAAAGAAUUUUUAUGUGACAUUGAAAGCUUUUAUUUGUUAUAGUCUUCAUGCCCAACUUCAUGUGACAUUGAAAACUGACAUGUGGCUGUAUAUUUUCACUCAAAUGUUGUUGUUUAUUACUGCUAAAUAAGAAAAAAAAUGGUAUUUAUAUUUUUAUAUUGUAAAUAUAUAAACUUCAAAAAUA